GAAAAAAAAGACGAGUGAAAAAAGAAAACGAAAUGAAUGUAAAUUAGAAGAUAUGGAUAAGAAUGAGGAUAUAUGUAUGAAUAUAGGAGAUUAUAAUCCGUUUAAAGUGUUAGAAAAUGAAGAAAAUCGAGAAUCAGUGGGAUUAAAAGGGAUGGAAAAUGGAAAACGGUCAAAAAAAGAAUCUAAAAAGAAGAAAUAUCCUACAUUGAAGAUAAUAAAUACAUCGCCAGAAAGAUAUAUUGGAAUUGGAGAUUUAAGAGAUGUUGUUUUAUGGGUUAUUGGGAAUACAUCAGCGCCGUCAUGGAUUGCUAUAACGAAUAAAACAUCUAUUAAAAAAAUUGUUGUUUUGCUUAUACCAGGACUUGAUCCUACACUUUUUAACCUCGAUACGGAUUGUAUUCUUACGAAUUCGCCGGUACCAUUAGAAGAAUGUUGUCCUGAUAAAUUACAGAAUUUUAAACAAAUUUUUUCUUAUGUUAUUCCUACACGUACACCAGGAGAAAGAUAUAAGGUACAUUCGCCUAUAUCUUCAUUUCUGCAAUGUUCUUUAUCGAACGCAGAAAAAGUAUGUCAGAGUGAAAAAUUAAAAAGUAAAAUGCAAAAGAAAUAUUUACCGGAAAAUUACUUAAUGUCAUAUUCUGAACUUGUUGAAAGGGAUUAUCCCUUGCAUAGCAUUUUUCCUGAUUCAAAGGCUUUACCUAGUGGUUGGAAAGAAACGUAUAUUCCAGAGGACUUUGAAAAUACAUUAGAUUCUAAGGAAAAAAAAGUAUUAGCUUUAGAUUGUGAAAUGUGUAAAACAGAGAAUGGACCUGAAUUAACUAGAGUAACACUUGUUGAUUGGGACUCUCAAGUAAUAUAUGAUGAACUUGUCAAGCCGGAUUCACCAAUUGUUGAUUAUUUGACUCAAUAUUCAGGAAUAACAGAAGAAAGACUAUCCAAUAUAACAACAAAAAUAACUGAUGUUCAGGAAGCUUUGUUAAAAUUAAUCGAUAAAAAUACCAUUAUUGUUGGACAUUCACUUGAAUGGGACUUUAGAUCUUUAAAAUUUGCGCAUCCUUAUAUUAUUGAUACAUCAUCAAUUUUUCAACACACUAGAGGGCCUCCUUAUAAGCCUGGUUUGAAGUGGUUAGCUCAUAAAUGGUUAAAAAGAGAAAUACAAAAAGAUAAUGCAUUAGGACAUGAUUCCAUUGAGGAUGCUUUAACUUGUAUAGAUUUACUUAAGUUAAAAUUAAAGAAUGGACCGGAAUUUGGGUUAUUUAAUGUAGAUAAUGAAUCUAUUUUUUCAAAACUAGAAAAAUGUGAUGAAACAAAAAAAUGUGCUAUUGUAGAUUAUGGAGGACCAGGGCAAUGGUAUAGAAAUUCCUUAAAAACUUUUGUUUCAAGUUCUUCAGAUGAUGAAAUUCUUGAAGGCGUUGUAAAAAACAUUAAUUCACAUGAUUUUAUAUGGGCAAGAUUUAGAGAAUUGGAAUAUAGUUUAGGUUGGACAAAAAAUUCUGUAACAAAAGAUAUAGAAUCAGUAGAUAAUGCAUUUAUGAAACUUAAUGAAAGAGUAUAUAAGCUAUAUACAUGUUUGCCAAAAUAUACUAUAUUAUUAAUAUAUAGUGGUACGGGUGAUCCAAGGGAAAUGUUAAAAUUUAAUUCUAAGAAAAAUGCAUUUAAUAUAGAAUUUAAAACUAAAAAAUGGGAAGACUGCGAAAAUAAAUGGGAUGAUGAUGAUAAUGAAAAACUUGCACUGGCAACAAAUAAAGCUCGCCGAGGUAUUAGUUUUAUUACACUUAAAUAAAUUCAUAAAAGAAUUGAAUUAUUUUUUUCAUAAAAAAUAAUAAAAA